CUGAUUACGUACACCAAACCCUCACCCUCCAGUUGGGUUUUUGGCGAUCAGCGACCAUCUCUCAAACUUGCUUCAAUUCCAGAAAUCUCGAUCCUCUGUAACUCUCAGCCCAAACGUACCUUGGCCCCAUACCCAAACCUCAACGAGACAGUAGUAAACCCUUCGAAAUGGACAUGAACAACUUGAACCCGGCCGAGGCCGCCCACAUGAACAAGAUCAUCGAGAAGAAGCAGAUGCAAGACUUUAUGAAGCUCUACUCGGGACUCGUAGAACGAUGCUUCAACACCUGUAUCACCGACUUUACUAGCAAGGCUUUGACCGGUCGGGAGUCGACCUGCACGACCAACUGCGUAGACAAGUUUAUGAAGCAUAGCGAACGAGUAGGAGCCAGGUUUGCCGAACAGAACGCUGCUCAGAUGCAGGGAAAGUAGACGAAGACGAAGCAAACGUGUCACAUGUAGAAUAUACAACAAAAAGGCGAAGCGGACUGUUUCAAGAUACAUUCAAUUGACGAUGACGCAUUGACAAAGAGCGGCAGCGAGACAGAGGCGGAAGACGGACGUAGGCCAAAAGGAGGAUUCCAGCUAGACAGAGGUCGCAUUGUAUCAUAUCACUUUUUAACAUCUCCAUCACAUCGAUAAAACAUCUA